AUGGCGUCGUCGGUGGCAGAAGGAAGCAGCUUCUCGGACUUGGACCCGUUCACAGAGUCCUCAGAGUCCUCAAUAAGAGUCUGUGUAGCGGAUUUCGGCGAGUGCACGGAUCCUGCGCUGGAAGGAGAAGACGCAGAAACAAGGCUGCCUGGCUUGGCUGCCAACAGGUCGUUUGCAGAGAAUAGCGGCCGCGGAUUCAGCUUCUGUUGCUGUUGCUGCUGGUUGUUGCCAAAACCGUUUUGUUGCUGGUUGGCGUUAUUUCCAAAUAAUCCACCUGUAGUUCCCGUCGAUUGGUUGUUGCCAAAUAGUCCUCCAGAGCCGGUGGUGGAGGAUUGGUUGUUUCCAAACAGUCCACCAGUAGUGGCAGCAGGCUUGUUGCCAAACAAGCCGCCAGAAGUGUUGUUGGUAGAAGCGUUGUUACCAAACAAACCUCCUGUGGUUGAUCCUGCUGGUUUGUUUCCAAAGAGGCCACCGGAGGUGGCUGUGUUGUUGGUGUUAUUUCCAAACAAUCCACCGCCAGUGGUUCCGGUAGCCGGCUUGUUGCCAAAUAGUCCGCCAGAAUUGUUGGUAGCACCAAAGCCCGUGGUGGCAGCUGGAGCAGCAGGCUUGUUUCCAAACAGUCCACCAGAAGUGGCAGUGCUGUUGUUGUUAUUAGCACCAAAGCCAAAUCCUCCAGUAGAUCCGGUGUUGGUGUUAGCGUUGUUGUUUCCGAACAAUCCUCCUGGGGCAGGUGUAGUGCUCUUGUUACCAAACAGUCCACCAGAUUGCUGGUUGUUGGCAUUGUUUCCAAAUAAACCACCAGAAGUGUUGGUGUUGGCAUUGUUGUUACCAAACAGGCCGCCAGACUGUGUGUUAUUAGUGGCACCUCCACCAAAGGAGAAUCCAGAAGCAGCUGGCUUGUUUGCCUGUCCAAAGAGACCACCCGACUGUUGCUGCGUUGUUGGUGUUGGUGGCUCCGAAAAGUCCACCAGCAGCAGGCUUGUUCUGGCCAAACAGACCACCCGAGGUGCUUGUGUUGUUGUUCUGGCCAAACAGUCCUCCAGAAGUGUUGCUUUGUUGACCGAACAAUCCACCAGAAUUGGUGUUUCCAAAAGCACUUCCGGUGUUAUUCGAUCCAAACCCAGACACGAGUUAUUAUUGUUGAAGGUGGAUCCAGAUCCAAACAGACCGGUGCUGGUCGAACCGGUGUUGGAGGCAUUAUUGGCCGUGUUGGCACCAAACCCACCCAAUCCGGAGCCCGUGUUGGAAGAGGCCCCGAAAAGCCCUCCAGCAGCGGUGUUUGUGUUGUUGGCACCAAAUGGAGACGAAGCAUUGUUGUUUACAGCGUUGGUUCCAAAAGGAGACGAAUUGUUAUUGUUCCAGUUGUUAUUUGACCCAAACCCGCCAAAACCACUGGUGGUCGACGUGGAGUUCCCAAACAUGGUGGAUGAUGAACAGAUUGCUAGCAAUGGGAUCCAACUGGGAAAUGUUUUUCGUUACGAAAACCUGUUCUGCAAAAAUUUCCCAGUGAGAAGAAACGACGGGGCCGCCGUCGCGUCGAUGUGA